AUGCCCCCCAACAAGAAGCUCUCAAUCGGCACAACCAACACAGUCCCGCCGACUCCGGAUUCUGUGGCCGAAAACCCCCAUUUCCUUACCAUCCUCAAUGAUGUCCUGAGCAAACAUGCCCAUGAAGACCCAAUGGUACAAGGGCAAGCUGCGGUAUUUGCGUCCACGUCUGGCUCCGCGCUUGGGUCAGGAGGCAUGUUCUUCCCACAGCAGCGGUCGAAGAGGACCAGGGGCCGAGGGGGUGAUGGUGCCGGAGGAGCUAGCUCUCAAGGUGGAGCUGGAGGUGCAGGGAGAGGCGGUUGGCUCCAUGUUAGUGAUAUGAGGGCGCCGCCGGAUUAUGGGAGGAUAGCUUUUCCCGAGGAUAUUUUUGGGAGUUUAGAGGUUGAUGGACAGGGGGAGUUUGUGAAGGGGACUGACGGAAGUGUGGGGAAUUGGCAGUCUAGUGGGACGUAUAGGAUUAUUACGAGGGAGGGAAUAUUAGGACUGAGCGACUUCCUUAGAGAAAAGCUGGUAGGGAGGCUACGGGAGGAAGCGGCGAAAGGAGGAAUAUAA